UGAAAAAUCUCAAACAGCACAGAAAUGGGUGUCUGCUGCUACUGCUAACAGCUGUUCAGCGUAACAAUAUGUAAUUACGCUCAACAAACAAAGUAUUUUAUUUGAAUGCCGUGUCAAACACACUUAAACUCCACCCAGAGUACGUCAGUUUAUUGGUACUUCGUGAACAGAGUUUGAAGCUCCAGUCUGGUGCUAACAGUGAACGCCGAAACGAUGGGACGGCUAUCGGAUUGUUUUUCUGAGUUCAUGUUCGAGUAUGACACCCCGAGAAUGGUGCUCGUGAGGCACAAGAAAGUGGGAAUCGUUUACCGACUGAUUCAGCUGGGAGUCCUGGCUUACAUUAUUGGGUGGGUGUUUAUGUAUGAGAAAGGAUACCAGUCAGUGGACAGUGUAGUCAGCACGGUGUCAGUGAAAAUGAAGGGAAUAGCGUACACCAACGAGAAGAACAAUUCCAGAAUCUGGGAUGUGGCUGAUUAUGUGUUCCCUCCCCAGGGAGUCGGCUCCUUUGUGGUGAUGACUAACUAUAUUGAGACUGCUGGUCAGAAGCAGGGUAACUGUACCAAGGAUGGAGUUUGUAAAUCUGACAGUGACUGUGAAAAGGGAAAGUCGAUGGGGGGAGAAAACGGAAUUUUGACUGGGAAAUGUGUUGAGUACAAAGGCACCUUAAAAACAUGUGAAAUCUUUGGGUGGUGUCCUCUGGAAAACGACAACCACAUUCCUGAUCCACCCCUUUUGAUGGCAGCUGAAAACUUCACAAUGUUUAUCAAGAACGCCAUCACGUUCCCCCGCUAUGGUAUUUCCAGGUCAAAUGUAGUGCCAUUUAAUGAAUCGUGCAUCUUUCACAAAGACACAGACCCCCUGUGCCCUAUAUUCAGACUGGGGGACCUAGUCACGAUGGCUGGGUUUGAUUUCAGAAAGAUAGCAGUGAAGGGUGGGAUGAUUGUCAUUGGAAUUAUCUGGGACUGUGACCUGGAUUGGAGUGCUAGUCAUUGUAAUCCAACUUUCAAUAUCCACGGCCUGUACGGAGUGGACAGCCUGUCAACCCCCGGGUAUAACUUCAGGUUUGCGAAAUACUUUAUGGAGGACAGGACUGAAAAGAGGACUCUGAUGAAAGUGUUUGGGAUCAGAUUUGAUAUUAUCGUGCACGGGAUGGCAGGUAAAUUUGACAUCAUUCCAACCAUGACAACAAUAGGCUCUGGAGUGGGGAUUUUUGGAGUGGCAACUGUGUUAUGUGAUCUAUUGCUGCUUCACUUCAUGCAGAGACGGAAUGUCUACAAAAGUCUGAAGUUUAAAUCCACAGAGGACGAGGGUGAGGCGCAGAUGAUCACUGUAGGUGGAAGUGAAAAAGCAACAAGGGAAUGAUGGAUCAAUAAGGCUGGCGAGCCAGAGAGCCCAGGCAGUGUCUCAGAUUGCACUGAUAUACUCAACGCUGGGUUUAUUGACUAUUAAAGACAUUGGGAAGCACUUCUGAAUGAAAACCCAGCCCUUCUGGGAUGCAGAUGAACAGCACAGUGCCCUGGCUCUGCAACAGGGACCACACACUGUAUAGUCUGUAUUCAUGAUUGUGGGUUCUGUUUCAGACCUAUGCAGCACUACAAGUACAAACUACUGUUUUCUUUCUAGAAUUGUAAUACAGUGAGCACUCAGAUACAUGUCGGUCAUGUUUUACCAUCCUUUUAUUAAGAAACAAAUCAAUUUCCAUGAUAUAUAUAUCAUGCAACAAAUUAAUGCACUUACCCGUCACAUGCGACUUCUGACUCCAUCACCAGUUUCCUGAUACAAAGCCCAUCUCUUCAAUGUUACAAUUUAUUUGAUUAUCCAUCACAGCCCGCGUCUGUUUCUCUUUAUUGUGCAGUUACACUGCGCUUCCUCCAGUUUCACCUGACGAAAAUGCAGCCAAAACAAAGCGAACGAGACCAGCUAGUGUAAUGUAAAACAGUUAAUAAUCAAACAGUUUCAGAUACUGUGAUGUAUUUUUUAAAAUUAUUUUUAGUGCAUUUUCAUUUGCAAGUGAACUGUGACAUUAGGGCUUAAUCGAGCACUAUAUUCUGCAAUUUUGAAUAUUGACUUUGGACACUGUUUUAAUUCAGGAACCUUUUUUUUUUUUUUUUUUUUUUUUUUAAGUAUUUUGCUAAAUUGCAUUGCCUGUUACCUUGUAAGCAGUUCUGUGCAUGGGUAACAUUUUGAUUUAAUUUUGCUGUUGUGUCGUUAAUGGAAUUUUACAUACUGCUUCAACACGUACCGGAAUUAAAAGGAUGUACUGUAUUAGUCCACGUGUCGUCUCUUGGCAACAGAUGUUUUCAGAAUGAUAUAAUUCUGAAUUAAAAUACUUCUGUUAGGGGGCUCCCAAGUGGCGCAUCUGGUAAAGGCACUCCGAGUGGAGUGCAGGAUGCGCCCUAUAGCCUGGAGGUCGCCGGUUCGAGUCCAGGCUAUUCUAUUGCUGACCGUAGACGGGAGCUCCCUGGGGGCAGGGCACAAUUGGCUGAGCACCACCCAGGGGGGUAAGGCUUAGGUUGGCCAGGGUGUCCUUGGCUCACCACGCACCAGCGACCCCUGUAGUCUGGCUGGGCACCUGCAGGCUUGCCUGUAAGCUGUCCAGAGCUGCUUUGUCCUCCGAUGCUGUAGCUCUGAGGUGGCUGCACGGUGAGUCUGCAGUGUGAAAAAAAGUGUUUGGCUGACGGCACACGCUUCGGAGGACAGCGUGUGUUUGUCUUCGUCGCUCCCAAGUCAGCGCGGGGGUGGUAGCGGUGAGCUAAGCCUAAAAAUAAUUGGAUAUGCCAAAUUGGGAGAAAAUAAUAAAAUAAUUGGCGAUUGCAAAAAAUUUAAAAAACAAAACAAAAACACACUGUUCCAACAAAACCAACUACAGUCCAUCUAAAUGGAAGCCUACUUAUUAUAAGACGCAGUCUUUUCAGCUAUGUAUUUUUGACAUGUAUCUUUGUGUUCCCCGAGGGUUGGAAAGGGCUAAAAAUUAAAUAAUUAGAUAUGCGUCACUCGCUUUUAACCGCCACUGAAGUCAAAAUUGUUGGACUAACUAACUAACAGUUUUGUACUAACUAACUGGGGGGUGAUCCUGUGGUUAUUAUGGCAUCAAUGAUAGUCUGCUGGGUAGUUCAAUUGCAAAGACUCAAGCACUUCCAGAUAGAGUGUAGGUUAGGUUUUAAGACGUUCUCAAAGAACACAAUGCAUCCGUCUUCUGCCCCCUAGAGGAUUGAAAAAACAAGGUAACAAAAUGGUUCUUUUUUUAAUUAAAGUAUUAAAUUAACAUAAUUCUGAAUGUGUAAAUAAAGUAUAUUGACAUUUAUCUAUGAUAGUUUAAAAAAAAAAAAAUAGUGAAAUAUUUAUCUGUAGACCGUUAAAUGUUGUGAAAUGAGCCAUUUUUUUACACUGGACUUAAAACACAGCCCUAAUCAAAACCACAGCCCCCUGGUUUUUGUAAAGACAACAGGUUAUAUACAUGUACAAGGCUGUGGUAGAGAAAUGUUGUGCAAGCUGAUAAAUACUGCACUGGGGUGAGAUGGGGGGGGAGAGGCAGGUAAACACUGCUUUGAGUAGAAAACAUUCUUCCCGCUUACCCUCGCUGUGUUACUCUAUCGCAGAACAUUUCAACCUACAUUCACUGAUGGACUCUGGUUUCACAGCUCGUGAGGUAAAGUAGUCCAAAGUGAAUGCGAAGCAGGUUUGUAAAACCACUUGUGUAUUGUAACCCUAACCCUUUACAUUGCCGUAUUCAAAAGUUUGGACUGUCUUUAAACUGUGGCUGUAGGUUUGUUUGUAGUAGUUUAGUCACAUACAGGGAACACAGAAUAUUUUGUUGCACUAUUAAGAAUUACCUGACCUUUAACAUCCCAUAAAAGCUGUUAUAUUGACUUGUUUCAGCACAGUCUUGGUUGAAAUGGCAGAUGCUAAGAUGAAAAUAAAUGAAAAAAAAAG